AGAGGUUCAGAGGGCCAUGAAUGAAAAGCGUUUUGAAGAGGCCAUCCAGUUGCGGGGCAGGAGUUUUGAGAACAACUGGAACAUUUAUAAGUUGCUGGCCUAUCAGAAGCCAGCUGCGGUCCCGAGCCAGCACUCCAUUGCCAUCCUGAACGUGGGAGCUCCGGCCGCGGGCAUGAACGCUGCGAUGCGGUCGGCCGUGAGGGUCGGUCUGGCCACAGGACACCGGCUUUACAUCGUUAGCGAUGGCUUCGAGGGUCUGGCCAAUGGAGCGGUGAAUGAAGUGUCGUGGAAUCAGGUGGCCGGCUGGACAGGUCAGGGUGGCUCUCUGCUGGGAACUAAACGAACCCUCCCAAGCACCUGCAUGGAGAAACUAGUGGAAAAUCUCAACAAGUUCAGCAUCCAGUCACUGCUCGUCGUUGGUGGUUUUGAGGCGUAUGAGGGCAUCCUGGAGUUGGUUGAAGCAAGAGGACGCUAUGAUGAAUUAUGUAUUCCCAUGUGCAUCAUCCCUGCCACCAUCAGCAACAAUGUGCCAGGGACGGACUUCAGUCUGGGCAGCGAUACUGCGGUUAACGCAGCGAUGGCCAGCUGUGAUAAGAUCAAGCAGUCGGCCACAGGGACCAAGAGGAGGGUCUUUGUGGUGGAGACUAUGGGGGGAUACUGCGGUUAUCUGGCAACCACCACAGGCAUCGCUGUCGGUGCGGACGCCGCUUAUAUUUUUGAAGAUCCAUUCAACAUCCAUGACCUCAAGACCAAUGUGGAGCAUUUGACUGAGAAAAUGAAGAAGGACAUUCAGAGAGGUCUGGUGCUGAGGAAUGAGAAAUGUCAUGUGCACUACACCACUGAUUUCAUCCAUAAGCUCUACUCCGCCGAGGGGAAAGGCGUCUUCGACUGCAGGGUCAAUGUCCUGGGACACCUGCAGCAGGGUGGAGUACCAACACCCUUUGACCGAAACUAUGGCACUAAACUGGGCGUUCGAGCCGUGCAGUGGCUGACAGAGAAGAUGACCGACAGUUUUAGACAAGGUCGUGUGUUUGUGAACACCCCGGACACAGCCUGUGUGGUCGGCCUGUACAAGAAGGUUCUGACCUUCAGUCCCAUCACUGAGCUGAAGGACCAGACGGACUUUGAACACCGGAUGCCCAAGACGCAGUGGUGGCUGAACUUCAGACUCAUGCUGAAGAUGUUGGCCAAGUAUCAGACGCCCUUCAACGAGUACGUGACGGGAGAGAUCGAACACGUGACCCGCCGCUCUCUCAGCAUAGACACUGGCUUCUAAAACACACCAAACUGCCACUCCUCCGUUAAAACGGGUAAACGCCUGAUCCUUUAGUGAGUAAAGGAGGCUAAAACUCCAGAUUUGUGCCUAAACAUGAUGCAUUCGAGUCCUGCAUUUGCACCAUGUUUACGCUGAACUCAUGCAGCGUCAAAACUAGAUCACU